AUGGACCAGUCUGUGGCGAUCCAGGAGACGCUGGCUGAGGGGGAAUACUGCCCGCAGGCGGUGCAAGGUGUGCUGUGUGAAGGGGACAGCCGGCAGAGCCGCCUCCUGGGACUUGUGCGCUACCGCCUGGAGCACGGCAGCCAGGAACACGCUCUCUUCCUCUAUACGCACCGGAGGAUGGCCAUUACUGGGGACGAUGUCUCUCUGGACCAGAUAGUGCCAGUCUCGCGGGAUUUUACGCUGGAAGAAGUGUCCCCGGAUGGUGAACUCUACAUCCUUGGCUCAGAUGUGACCGUCCAGCUGGACACAGCAGAGCUUAGCCUCGUAUUCCAGCUACCUUUUGGUUCACAAACCAGGAUGUUCCUCCACGAAGUUGCCAGAGCCUGUCCAGGCUUCGAUCCUGCGACCCGGGAUCCUGAAUUCCUGUGGCUGUCUCGGUACAGGUGCGCAGAGCCGGAGCUGGAGCUGCCAACGCCGCGCGGUUGUAAUUCGGCUCCAGGUACCUGGCCAGGGUACGCGACAAUUGGCGGAGGCAGGUAUCCGUCUCGGAAGGAGCGGUGGGGAUUGGAGGAGACCCACCCACAGGGGGCGGGCUCCGUUCUGUUUUGGGGCGGAGCGAUGGAAAAGACAGGCUUUCGAUUGAUGGAGAGGGCACGGGGCGGGUUCGUCUGGGGGCGGAGCGCGCGGGGCGGGCGGCGGGAUGAAGAGCUUGAGGAAGCAGGCAGGGAAAUGUCUGCCGCCGCCGGCUCCAGGGAGUGCGACUCUGCAGGUGGUUCUAACUUUGAUGGUUUGAGGCCAAAUGGGAAGGGACUGCCUGUGGACCAAAGCUCCAGGGGUCAAGAUAAACCAGAAAGCUUGCAACCAAGACAGAAUAAAUCCAAGUCCGAAAUUACUAGCAUGGUUCGCUCCUCCACUAUCACAGUGUCAGACAAGGCUCAUAUUUUAUCCAUGCAGAAGUUUGGACUGCGAGAUACAAUUGUGAAAUCACAUCUAGUACAAAAAGAAGAGGAUUACACCUAUAUCCAGAACUUCAGGUUUUUUGUGGGAACAUACAAUGUAAAUGGGCAGUCCCCCAAAGAAUGCCUCCGGCCCUGGCUGAGCGAUGGUGUCCAGGCCCCAGAUGUCUAUUGCGUAGGGUUCCAGGAGCUCGAUCUGAGUAAGGAAGCUUUUUUCUUUCACGAUACCCCAAAGGAGGAAGAGUGGUUCAAAGCUGUGUCAGAGGGUCUUCAUCCAGAUGCCAAAUAUGCAAAGGUGAAGCUUAUCCGAUUGGUUGGGAUUAUGCUGCUGUUAUAUGUCAAACAGGAGCAUGCAGCUUAUGUCUCAGAAGUGGAAGCUGAGACUGUGGGGACAGGAAUCAUGGGGAGGAUGGGCAACAAGGGAGGCGUGGCGAUCAGGUUCCAGUUCCACAACACCAGCAUCUGCGUUGUGAAUUCUCACUUGGCAGCCCACAUUGAAGAGUAUGAGAGGAGGAACCAGGACUAUAAGGACAUUUGUUCUCGAAUGCAGUUUUGUCAGCUUGACCCAAGCCGUCCCCCUCUCACCAUCAGCAAGCAUGAUGUGAUCUUGUGGCUGGGGGACCUCAACUACAGGAUAGAAGAGCUGGAUGUGGAAAAAGUGAAAAAGCUCAUCGAAGAGAAGGACUUUCAGACCCUGUAUGCAUAUGAUCAGCUGAAAAUUCAAGUGGCCGCAAAGACUGUCUUUGAAGGCUUCACAGAGGGUGAGCUCACAUUCCAGCCUACUUACAAGUAUGAUACGGGCUCUGACGACUGGGAUACCAGUGAGAAGUGCCGUGCUCCCGCCUGGUGUGACCGGAUCCUCUGGAAAGGGAAGAACAUCACUCAGCUGAGUUACCAGAGCCACAUGGCCCUGAAGACCAGUGACCACAAGCCUGUCAGCUCAGUGUUUAACAUUGGGGUGAGGGUCGUAAAUGACGAGCUUUACCGGAAGACUCUGGAGGAAAUUGUUCGCUCCCUGGAUAAGAUGGAAAAUGCCAACAUUCCUUCUGUGUCCCUGUCCAAGCGAGAGUUCUGUUUUCAGAAUGUGAAGUACAUGCAAUUGAAAGUAGAAUCCUUUACAAUUCAUAAUGGACAAGUACCCUGUCAUUUUGAAUUCAUCAACAAGCCUGAUGAAGAGUCUUACUGUAAGCAGUGGCUGAAUGCCAACCCCAGCAGAGGCUUCCUCCUGCCUGAUUCUGACAUUGAGAUUGAACUGGAGCUCUUCGUAAAUAAGACGACAGCUACAAAGCUCAACUCGGGUGAAGACAAAAUUGAGGACAUUCUGGUUUUGCACUUGGACAGGGGAAAGGAUUACUUUUUAUCUGUGUCUGGGAAUUACCUGCCCAGCUGUUUCGGGUCUCCCAUUCAUACACUGUGUUACAUGAGAGAGCCAAUCUUGGACCUACCACUUGAAACUAUUAGUGAGCUGACUCUGAUGCCAAUACAGACAGGAGAUGAUGGCAGCCAGUUGGAGAGCCCCAUGGAAAUCCCCAAAGAGCUCUGGAUGAUGGUUGAUUACCUGUACCGAAAUGCUGUCCAGCAGGAAGAUCUGUUUCAGCAGCCAGGCCUGAGGUCAGAAUUUGAACAUGUCAGGGACUGCUUGGAUACUGGAAUGAUUGAUAACCUCUCUGCCAGCAAUCAUUCUGUAGCCGAAGCUCUGCUGCUUUUCCUGGAGAGCCUUCCAGAGCCUGUCAUCUGUUACAGCGCCUACCAUAACUGCUUGGAGUGUUCUGGCAACUACACAGCAAGCAAACAGGUCAUUUCUACUCUCCCCACAUUCUACAAAAAUGUCUUCUACUACUUGAUGGCGUUUUUACAAGAACUGCUGAAAAAUUCAGCAAAAAAUCAUUUGGAUGAGAAUAUUCUAGCUAGCAUAUUUGGCAGCUUAUUGCUUCGAAACCCAGCUGGUCACCAAAAGCUUGAUAUGACAGAGAAGAAAAAGGCUCAAGAAUUUAUUCACCAGUUCCUCUGCAACCCACUCUGAGCCUCUAUAUCUCUCCUCCUAUUUUACUUGAGGCUGCCAAUUACCAGCCCCACCUGUUUCAGCUCAAGAGAUGCCUUAAGAUAAUUAUGUGAGGCCACUUGGUAGCAAGAAUGGCAGCUAUUUCCUGAGCCUAGUACCCUGACUAAGCUCACCAUUGGUUAGCACACUCAGUGCUGUGAGUCGUGAAGACACGGGAGAAAAUCCACCAUAAUAAAACUGACAUUCAAUUUUCAACUUUA